ACACUGAACAUGGAUAUGAAGACGCUGCUUGAGGAUGUUGAACUGAAGAGGGUCCAGCAGUAUGAAGUAGAUGUGACUCUGGAUCCUGAUUCAGCUCUUCCCAAGCUCAUCCUGUCUGAGGAUGGGAAACAAGUCAUACGAGGUGUAAGGAAGAAACUCACAGACAACCCUAAGAGAUUUACAAAGUAUCUAUUUGUUCUCACGAGGCAGAGCUUCUCCUCAGGAAGAUUUUACUUUGAGGUCCAGGUUAAAGACAAGACUGUAUGGUAUAUAGGAGUGGCCAGAGAGUCCAUCGACAGAAAAGGUGAGACCAUAGAGACCCCUGAGACGGUUUACUGGACUCUUUACUACGACAAGGGUGUGUUGGUAUUUAAUGAUACCCCUGAUGUCUAUCUCCCUCUGAGAGCUGAGCUCCAGAAGGUGGGGGUGUUUGUUGAUUAUGAUGAGGGUCUGGUGUCCUUCUACGAUGUGGAAGCCAGGGUUCAUAUCUACUCUGCUACUGGAUGCACCUUUAGUUACCCUCUCUAUCCAUUCCUCUGUCCAUGUAACUAUGAUUAUGAAGGUACAAACUCUGCCCCCCUGAUCAUCUCACCUGUCAAUCAAACAGACUAGGACCUUUGUUUGAUAAUCAAGCAACCAAAACAACUAAUGUUGUUUCUUGAAUUAGAAUCUAUACAAUGUGAGAUCUGAGAGCUCUGCAUUCAUGUUGUACUGCUGGCAUUUAACAACGAGAGAUUCAGAAGGAAGUGAACGCUGAAUAUUAUAAAAUAUAACCCAUUGUAAAUUAUUAUAUAACAUUAUAUUCUUCAUUCUCAGUUUUCUCCAGUUUUUUUAAGUUUUACUGCUAUGCAAUUGUUAAUUGUUGCAUUUACGUAGAGCAUGGUUUGAGGAUUAAUGUGUCUGAAUCAUGAAUGACAAAGUAAUCAAAUGUAAAAACAUUAUGAUUUCAAUAAA